UGCUGGGUGAACUUGCAUUUACAUCCCUGUCUCCAUCACUCUCCCAGCCCUUUCAAACUUGCACGCAAUGCGCUCCGAGUGGAAAAGCAACCCGGCGACCCACCUUCUGUAGUGUGUAAAGGAGUAUCGUCGGGAAUGAAGUUGAAGUAUUAGACACGAUCAUGGCAGUGCUACUCUCGGCCUCUGCUUCUGCUGUAACUCUUAAAACAUUGUCACCACCAUCGCUAACCAAGUCCAGCCUUCCCUUUAUCUCCACCAAUAUCCCAAGCCUCUCUUCAAGAAAAUCACCCACUACGAGUAGAGACAGAGCAAGUAGACGUCUUUCUCUUCCACGUGUAGCUGCUCCUCCAACCACACCAGCAUCUGGGGAGAAUCGACAAGAAGAAGAGGAUGUGAUAGAAGGGUAUGGAGUUGAGGAUGAGCACGGUGAGGAAAGCUCGGCCAAUGCCAAGUUCGCUUGGAGGGAUCACUGGUACCCGGUUUCUUUGAUCGAAGAUUUGGACCCUCUGCUCCCUACCCCGUUUCAGCUUCUGGGUCGAGAUCUCGUGCUCUGGUUCGACAGGUCUGCUCGUGAAUGGGUCGCUUUCGACGACAAAUGUCCCCACCGCCUCGCGCCCUUAUCUGAAGGGCGGAUUGACGAAGCUGGCUACUUGCAGUGUUCAUACCAUGGUUGGUCAUUUGAUGGAUGCGGAUCUUGUGCAAGGAUCCCUCAGGCUUCAUCUGAAGGUCCUGAAGCUCCUGCUGUUAAGUCUUCAAGAGCAUGUGUUACGAAGUUCCCAACGUUGCAGUCACAAGGCCUACUCUUCGUUUGGCCGGAUGAGAAUGGAUGGGAAAGAGCACAAACCACCAAGCCUCCCAGGCUGCCUGAUGACUUUGAUAAACCUGAGUUUUCAUCGGUGACAAUUCAGCGUGAUCUGUUCUAUGGCUAUGAUACCCUCAUGGAGAAUGUAUCUGAUCCUUCCCACAUUGAUUUUGCUCAUCACAAGGUUACGGGAAGAAGAGAUAGAGCCAAACCUCUGCCUUUUAAGUUAGAGUCUAGUGGUCACUGGGGCUUUGCAGGAGCCAAUGAUGGUAACCCAAAGAUCACUGCCGAGUUUGUUGCACCUUGUUAUUAUAUGAAUAAAAUAGAAAUAGAUGCAAAGCUUCCGAUAGUUGGCGAUAAAAAAUGGAUAAUAUGGAUUUGUUCCUUCAAUGUGCCAAUGGCACCUGGGAAGACUCGAUCUAUUGUUUGCAGUGCCAGAAACUUCUUCCAGUUCACAGUACCAGGGCCUGCCUGGUGGCAGGUGGUUCCUAGAUGGCAUGAGCAUUGGACUUCAAAUAAGGUGUAUGAUGGAGACAUGAUUGUUCUCCAAGGUCAAGAGAAGAUAUUUCUUUCAAAGACAAAGGAAGGUUCUGCUGAUGUUAAUAAGCAGUAUACGUCAAUAACAUUUACACCCACCCAAGCUGAUCGCCUUGUCUUGGCAUUUCGAAAUUGGUUGAGACGACAUGGGAACAGCCAACCUGAGUGGUUUGGCAUGAGCAACCAACAACCUUUGCCAUCAACAGUUUUAUCAAAACGUCAGAUGUUGGACAGAUUUGAGCAGCACACUCUAAAAUGUUCAUCAUGUAAAGGAGCUUAUACAACAUUCCAGGCAUUGCAAAAGUUUCUAAUUGGUGCAGCAGUUAUUUGCUGUUCAACGGCUGGGAUUCCAUCAGAUAUGCAAUUACGGAUUUUCUUGGCCGGGCUUGCACUUCUUAGUUCUGGCUCGGCUUAUGCUUUGCAUGAAUUGCAAAAGAACUUUGUAUUUGUUGAUUACGUGCAUUCUGAAAUCGAUUAGAAAGAGAGAAAAUACUUGUACAGAUAACUUGUCAUUCAAGUCUUUGUAUGAAGAUUGAGAAUUAUAAAGAAUAUAUGCCAAAAUUGUACAGAUAACUUGUCAUUCAAGUCUUUGUAUACACUCUGAAAAUGAGCCACCAUUAUGUUUUGAGAUUGGUAAA